UUCAACUACAAAAUAGAGGUGCCUCGCCAACUGACAAUGUAUCGCGCUACGGUAAGAGAUAGACGAGAUGCUUGGUGCAAAGCAAAUCAUCACAUCGACCUUGCUGGCUGGUGUAGUCGCUGCUCAGGAUGCGAUCACUGCUAAUGGAGGUAACUUCACACUCACCGGCGAUGAUGUCUCCUAUCUGUUCCAUGUCAACACCGAAAACGGCGAUUUGAUUUCGGACCACUUUGGGGCACCAGUAACAGAUUUUGUUCCCCCAGCCUACAUCCUCCCUUGGGGCUGGCACGACAAUAAAGCCAACGAUCGACGCGAGUUUCCCGAUGUUGGAAGAAGCGAUAUCCGCCUGCCCGCGAUCCAUAUCGAGCACUCUGAUGGAGACACAGUGUCAGCUUUCCUCUACCAGUCCCACGAGAUCGUCCCUGGCAAGCCGUCUAUUCCUGGAUUCCCAGCAACAUACGGCAAUGACUCCGAUGUGACGACGCUUCAAGUUCAGCUCUACGAUAACGUUUCUGAUGUCGGGGCUGUGCUUUCGUACAGCAUCUUUCCGAAGUACAAUGCUGUUGCCAGGAGCUUCAAGAUCACGAACAACGGAACUGGUGACCUUGUCAUUGAGAGAGCUGCAAGCUUCUCCUUCGACUUCCCCAACCUAGACUUCGAGGUUAUCGAACCCCAUGGUGACUGGUACCACGAGAUGAAUACUGUCCGGCGCAAGGUAGACUUUGGCGAGACCAGCUUCCGUUCCACCGAGGGCUACGCUGGCCACACACAUAAUCCGUUCUACAUACUUACAUCGCCUCAAACUACUGAGAACGGCGGUGAAGCUUGGGGCUUCAAUCUAGUCUGCAUUCGAGUUGCCCCUGGCGGCAGCUUCCAGGCCCCGGAAGCCGUUGCUGUCUACAGCUCUUCUGGCAUCGGUGGGGUCUCGCGCUCGUACCACGACUUGUACAGGAACCACUUGUCUCGGCAUAAAGCGACUCAUGAGACUCGCCCAAUCCUGCUCAACAGCUGGGAAGGGUUAGGCUUCAACAUUAACGAUACAGCUGUCGUCAAUCUCGCUGGCGAAUCAGCUGAUCUUGGUAUCGAACUCCUGGUCCAGGACGAUGGUUGGUUUGGUGUCGAAUAUCCGCGCAACAACGACAGCCUUGGGUUGGGUGACUGGACACCCAACCCGGCCAAGUUUCCCGACGGCCUGAAGCCCUACAUUGAUCAGAUUGUCAGAAUCGAUGUCCUGAAUGCAAGCACCAACGACAGUACUAGCACAGCAUUGAAGUUUGGAAUCUGGGUGGAACCUGAGAUGACCAACCUCAAUUCCACAUUGUACAACGAGCAUCCUGACUGGAUUCUGCAUGCAGGCAAGCACGAAAGAACGCUGACGCGAAACCAACUUGUUUUGAAUGUUGGACUACCUGAAGUUCAAGACUUCAUUAUAGAUACUGUCUCCAGAAUUGCCGAUUCGGCACCUAUUUCCUACUUCAAGUGGGACAACAAUCGAGGAAUGCAUGAGCUUGCCCGUCCAUCUGAUUCGUACCAGUAUAUUCUCGGUCUAUAUCGCGUGGUGGACACAUUGACCACGAAGUAUCCUGAUAUCCUAUGGGAAGGGUGUGCAAGCGGUGGAGGCCGCUUCGACGCUGGUCUUCUGCACUAUUGGCCUCAGCAUUGGACUUCCGACAACACUGAUGCUGCUGACAGACUUCAAAUUCAGCUGGGAACUAGCCUUGUCUACCCUCCUUCAGCAAUGGGGUGUCACAUCUCUAAGUCACCCAAUGGCGUAACUGGACGAGAUACCAGCUUUACUUAUCGUGGGCAUGUAGCGAUGAUGUGCGGGAGCUUCGGACUUGAGCUGAACCCUCACGAGCUCACCGAAGACGAAGUCGCCGAGCUCCCUACGGUUAUGGCAGAAGCUCACAGAGUCAACCCCAUCGUUAUCUCGGGAGACUUCUAUCGCCUCGCUGGCCCACAAGACAGCAACUGGCCAGCCGUCCAGUUCGUCAGUGCCGAUGGCAGUGAAGCCGUUGUUUUCGCCUUCCAGCAGCAGUAUACCACUAAGCCCGCCCCACCACCUCUAAGACUGCAAGGCCUGGAUCCGAAGGCGAGGUACUUCAACAACUUGGACAAUGGGACAUACAGCGGUGCUACGUAUGCUAAUGCAGGUAUUAACGCCGGAUGGGAUCGUGGUAUUUACCAGAGCAAGCUGAUCUGGUUGGAGAAGCAGUAGGAUUUUGUGCUAGACUUCCCUAAG